AUGCCAUACUGCCCCGAGAACAGAGUGGUGGGAUACUCGCUCGACUGGUACCGUCUCCCAGAUGUUCCCGAGUUUUUCGUCUGCACCAGAUGCCACGCCGACCACAUCGCAGCAACACAUCUUACAGGUCAGUUUGAGCGAGUCAAGCAACCCGAUGGUUCUGCGUCUAGUUGUGGCUUCUACGUACCUCGUGUGAAGGAGAUCCUCUGGCCACAGGCUCUUCAGAGCAACGACCUGAGCGCCCUACGUGCUUACAUGAAGAAGCGCCCAGAGGUACUUGCCUGCAAGGGGAAAGCCCAAGUUACCGGUGCCGAAGGUUUCAAGUGGUUCCAAAUGGCACAGAACGAGAUCAAUGGCUUCGUUACGUGUGAGGCCUGUUACGAGGAUCAUCUGGUGGGCACACCAUUUGAGCAUCUAUUCUCCCCUUCUCGGCCUCACCCCCAAGAGGAGAAGUGGACGUGCGACAUGGCCAUCCCAUACGUCCAGAAAAUGGUGACACAAACGGCAAAGCAGAACGACUGGCAAGGUUUCGUAGCCGCCGCCAAGAAGCGUAUGGAGCUUCCGGUCUGCGAUGGUGAGGCUGUUGAGGCUAGCGGUCGUACUUGGUACCUACCUCGCCGCAAGAUCAAGGACAUGUACGUCUGCGAGGCAUGCUACAUGGACAAACUAUCUUUGACGAGGUUCAGUGGCGAGUUUGAGCCUUAUAUACGACCAGAUGGCUUUGACGGCCUCAUGGAAACACUCGGCCAACGGUGGAGCUGUGAUUUUGCCGACAACAAGAUUUCCAUGUCGUUUGCUCUAGAGGGGGCUAUCUACCAGCGCAACUUUGACGUCCUCUGGAAUGCUGCUAAUGCCAUUCUCAAUCUUGUUCCUUGUACCAAGCAUGGUAUUGUACGAGGCAAGUGGUGGACUGUGGCAGGCGGAUGCCCUGAGCUGGACAUCUGCGAAGCAUGCUACAACGCCAUCUUGAUACCUGCUGGUGUCAGUCACUUCUUCGAGCAGGCGGAGAGGGAUCAGACUGUCGACAUUUUUUGCAACUUUUGUCCUUCAACGCCACGCUUUGGCGUGUUCCUUCUGAAGUUUGCCGAAGCACUCGACAAGGGAGUUUUCAGUUACUACUCGGACUAUGUCAAGAAGUGGGCUGCUGUGCCUGUAUGCCCUGGCAUCAAGCAUAGAGAGAAAGGAAAAUGGUGGGGAUAUGGCGAGGCCCUCUUCUGUCCGGAUUGCUACCUAAGCUUCGUGGCCGAUACACCCCUUGCAGACUCUCUUCCCGUCAAGGAUGUAUACGAUGAGCGAGCCCUCGUCUGUCAGAUUUGGUCACCGAGAAUGCGCAAGAUGUGGCUCGAAGUCUGCGCAGCGGGACCCCCCGGCUCUCCAGAAUCCGAAGUAGCGUUGAACGAGUUCAGAGCAUUCGGCACCAAGCGCAUGCAAGUCUACAACGCAACCGUUCCACAGAUCGAGUUUAUCCAUGGCAUGAAGAUGCUCAAGAUGCAAAACGCCAUGCACCAGGGCCAACUGAGUCUCUUGUAUCAAGGCAUGAACUCCAUGGCGGCUAUCUCGGGGACGACGGAUGGGUAUCUCCACGGGAACAGCUCCCUCGGGUAUUAUGAGACUGAGCACGGUGCGACGGCUGCCCAGAUGAUGAACAACAUGCAUUCUGGUAUGGCGGAUGCGAAUAGCGGAGGUGAUUGGAUGCAGAUCGCGAGGUUGCAGGCUAUGUGGAUGGAGGUGGAGUGAUGAUAGGGAGAACAUGAGAUGACGAGUUUAUGUUUAUGUUUGUGAUUGUCUUGCUUGUCUGUUAGAAUCUAUUUUGUAGCGUACAAUUUCUCAUAUCGUCCCUUGGACCCAU